AUGCGUACCGGCUUUCUGCCGACGGUGACGCUCGGUCGCUGGCAGCCGCUGCCUCCAAGCCGUGCCUUUGCCUGGCGACGGUGCGUGAAUCACCGACUUGCCAAGUUUGCAAAACAUUCGCUUCUUUUCGGCGGUGCAACUGCUGAGGCGUCAUCGUCAAUAUCAUCAUCAUGGACGCAACGUGCUGAUACCUGGGCAAUGAGCGACGUUUGGCGGCGGCAGUUUCCGAACGCGACCGCCAGCCAGUGGCACAUGCGCUUCGGUGAAAGCGUGACAACGUCCUCCGUGGAGCAACUGCUCGAUGAACUUGUACGCAAGUACGAAACGCAGGUCGAGGCUGCACCUGGCACCCCAGCGGAUACCUCUCCGACACCAGCACAGCUGAUUCAAAAAGUUAUCGAGUUUUUGCGCGGGCUCGGAUUAUCUGUGGAGGACGCUGGACGCGUCAUCCAUAAACGACCGCAGAUCUUGCGUCUUUCCCUCAAAAGCCAGGCAGCGCCUAUCAUCCAUUUUCUGGUUCGCGACCUAGGUUUGACGGACGCGCAGGUUCGACGCGCUGUGCGACAUGCGCCCCAGAUAUUUGAGCAACCGCUCGACCUGCUUCGAAGCAAUGCUCGUUAUCUUUCGAGACCUACGAGCCGGAGAGCCCUGGCACUGCGUAUCGCAGAUGACACCGUAGCCUCACAUGCGACAAGUGACCCAGCGGACUCAGUGGAGCGCUCGGUAGCUAGUGCGGCGGUGUCGAGCGACCACGGGACGUUCACAACCAGCGCAAAUGAGGAUGAUGAGGACGGGGAUGCUCGCAAACCUCACCAGAACAAUGACCUCGUCGCUGGUGAAAGCACUGCUUCGAACGACUCUUCGUCGUCUGCGAUGGAAGCAUUGAGCUUUGGUCGACGUCAGCUUGCGAGAGCGGUCGCCAAGUGCCCUGGUAUUCUCUGGCGGUCGCCAGCGACGAUGGCGCGUAUGGUGUAUUUCUUUCGAUCAGAAAUGGGUUGCAAUGCACGCGAGACAGCGCACGUGCUUUCACUGGUACCGCAGCUGCUGCUUCGCUCUCCCGACGAGCUGUUACCGCAGGUGUCCUGGCUGCGUCGUCAUCUCCGACGAAAAGCCGCAGAUGGAAACGGCGCUAUCGCGCCAAACCAGCGCGACUUGGCGCGGCUGGUGGUCCAGUAUCCCACAUCGUUACUACUGGACCCGAUGGAGACCAUGCAACCGCGUUUGGACUAUUUAAGAGAUCACUUUGGAGUGUCUGAUUUCCGUCGCUGCCUCUUGAAUUCGCCCACUGUGCUGGAAGCGAGCAUCGAGCGGGACUUGGCGGGAUUCAAACGGGUCUUGGUGGACUCCAUCGGCUUUGCUAGCGAUGAUCCAGCGCUCGCUACGAUUGCUACCAAGGUUCCGAAAUUCUUCCACACCCGACCGCAACUGAUAUUCGAGUUUCUCACCAGGGAGGCCGGUUUGGACCCUGCGGAGGCACGCACGUGCUUGGCGCUUGCGCCUACCCUGGUCCUGUUAUCGGGGCGGCGGGGCCAGUCGGUGCCCUCUUUCGGGACCCAUCUGUUUCCGUAUCUGCAUUUUUGUACGCAAGUGCUGGGCCGUUCGCUCGUGGACGUGCUACGCAUUGCACCUGAUUUCCUUACCAUGGACGUGGAGCGACGUCUGAUUCCGCGGUACGCCUUUGCGAAAAGCCGGCUCACGAGUCACGAAUGGCAAGCUUUGAAGCUCCACGACUUGCUCUGCUCAUCUACGAGUCGCUUCUGUGAACACGUGAUGCAUGUGCCCGUUUCCGAGUAUCAACGCUAUGUGCAGAGUGGCAAAUGGUUGUUGUUUUAUUUGCAGAUCUUGUGA